CCCUUUUCUGGGAAGACAGAAAGCCUGAGUCAGGCGGCAGCGGCUAUUAAAGCGCUGGGUAGGGCAGCUGCGGGCACUUCGAGGAUGAGGCUUCCCUGCUGGUUCUGGCUGAGCUCCGCUGUCCUCGCUGCCUGCAGAGCAGCGGGGCAGGCACACAACCUGACCGAGGGGCUGGGGGAUGCGAGCGCCCAGGCCGCCUGCCCCGCCAGGCUGGAGGGCAGCGGGAAGUGCGAGGGGAGCCAGUGCCCCUUCCAGCUAACCCUGCCCACGCUGACCCUCCAGCUUCCGUGGCAGCUUGGUAGCAUGGAUGAGGUGCUCAAAGAAGUGCGGACCCUCAAGGAAGCUGUCAACAACCUGAAGAAAUCCUGCCUGGACUGCAAGUUCCAGGCUGACGACCACGGGGCCCCGGGCGGGACUGGAACAGGAACCGCCCCGGACAACCGAGUCCAGGAACUGGAGAGUCAGGUGAACAAGCUGACUUCAGAGCUGAAGAAUGCCAAGGACGAGAUCCAGGGGCUGCAAGGGCGCCUGGAGACGCUCCAUCUUGUAAAUAUGAACAACAUCGAAACCUACGUGGACGACAAAGUGGCCAAUCUAACGUUUGUGGUCAACAGUUUGGACGGCAAAUGCUCCAAGUGUCCCAGCCAAGAAUACAUCCAGUCACAGCCGGUUCAACAUCUAAUAUACAAAGACUGUUCUGACUACUACGUGAUAGGAAAAAGAAGCAGCGAGACCUACAGAGUUACACCGGAUCCCAGACACAGCAGCUUUGAGGUCUACUGUGACAUGGAGACCAUGGGGGGAGGCUGGACGGUGCUACAGGCUCGCCUUGAUGGAAGUACCAACUUCACCAGGGACUGGAAAGACUACAAAGUGGGCUUCGGAAACCUUGACCGAGAGUUUUGGCUGGGUAAUGAUAAGAUUCAUCUGCUGACCAAGAGUAAGGAAAUGAUUUUGAGAAUAGACCUCGAAGACUUUAACGGUGUCACACUGUAUGCCUUGUACGAUCAGUUUUACGUGGCUAAUGAGUUUCUGAAAUACCGAUUACAUAUUGGUAACUAUAACGGCACAGCAGGAGACGCCUUACGUUUCAGUAAGCAUUACAACCACGACCUGAAGUUUUUCACCACCCCAGACAGAGACAAUGACCGCUAUCCCUCUGGGAACUGUGGGCUCUACUACAGCUCAGGCUGGUGGUUUGAUGCCUGUCUCUCUGCAAACUUAAAUGGAAAAUAUUAUCACCAGAAAUACAAGGGUGUCCGCAAUGGGAUUUUCUGGGGCACCUGGCCGGGGAUAAGUCAGGCACAGCCUGGUGGCUACAAGUCCUCCUUUAAGCAGGUCAAGAUGAUGAUGAGACCCAAGAAUUUCAAACCAUAAAUUGCUAGUGUUAAUCUCUCCAGGCGCCUGUCUAAAGGCAUUGAGUUCCUUCUGCCUUUUACCAUAGGCCUGAGUUUAUAGUCCUUUGCUAUGGCUAACACAUUUCCUUUUAAACUUCACAGCUUUUAAAAUAAAGCUAGAAGUAUCUAAAAAGACUACUUUGUUGCCAUUGUACAUGAAUGCUUGAAAGUCCUAGAGGUAUUGACAAUCAUACAUAAUAUUUGCAAACCCUUGAAUUUUUAUUAGUUAAAAGUUCCCUACUAGAUUUAUUAUUUUUUACAAUUAAAAAAAACUAAACUAUUCAGCAAGCUAAAUAUCUACAUAAGCAACUUUUAUUUUCACUAGGGCUAAACAUGUAUAUUUGCAAAUACAACAGUCUUUUCGGGCCCAAGCUAUUCAUAUAUUUGUAGCCAAGAACUGUAGUGCUUUCUUUGAGCCAAGAAGACCUUAAAGCAUUUUAGUUCUCAAAAACGAAGCAGGGGCAUAAAAUGUGUAGUUAAACUUAUUGAUGUGAUACUCAUGAAAUAUAUAACAUGGCAGUAAAAUGCCUUAGAAUGUGGUAGCAUAGUGUGUCCUUCCCCAUCCCCACUGGGAAACGAGGUCGCCCUGGAGACUUUGGUUUAGUGGUACUUCAUUCAGUGUUUAGAUCCCAUUAGAACCCGAUGCAAAAGCUACAUUGUUGUCGACCCCUGCUUCACAUGCACAAUAGUUUUUAAUGAAGGUGCUAGGCUACUGUAAGGCUUCCUUGGGGAAAGGCAUGGUAGAGGGAAAAAAAAAGUUUAACUAUACUUUGAAAGCCAAUCCCAUACCCAAAGCAUACUACUGUUGAGGGGUCAACUUCCUAGGAAGCUGACUUUUCUAGAAUAAAUUUAUUUAUUAAGAUGAAUUUUGAAAUAGUUCAAAUGUUAUACAUUUUAAUCCUAAAUAGUCAAUUGCUUGUUUCAUUCAAUAUAUAUGUCAAUUAUAAUUCCUGGAGCUUUUAGAAUUCCUUAAUUGUGGAAUGCCAAGGAUCACAUCAAAAGGCUUUAGGAGCAGUUUCGUUUCAUCAUUGUGCAAAGGGGCCUCUGCAGAGAGAGACAAGCAGCCGUACGUGCACAUUUGAAACGCCCGAGUGAGCGCUGUGUGUGCCAGGCAUCUGAAGGAACCACACAGUAUGCAAUGUGCAAGCGAUGACUUUGGUCUUAACGUUUCAGUGUGGUUUUCAAUAUAUUAACCAAGCUUUAGAACACAUUCAUAAAGAUUCAGCGUCUUUGAAUACAAUUAUGGAGGACAGUUACUGACUUUACUACUUAAACUUUCAGAUACGCAGCAGCCAUUGUUGAAAAAUAGUUAAGAGGUGCGAGAUAUUUUAAAAAUAUGAAACAUGAAGCUUUCAGGUAAAUACAAUGAAAAUUAAUCUAUUAUUAUUACAAUUAAAUUACCAGAGUAAGGUAAAUACAUGCUGAAUUAAGUGACCAAAGUGUAAACUAUAGAUUCCAAAGGCUGCUUACCUACUUUGAAGAAUAUUGGAUGUUAAUGACAUAAUUGAUGGGGUGGUGGCUCACCCUUUAAUCCCAGCACUUGGGAGGCAGAGGCAGGUGAAUCUCUGUGAGUUCAAGUCCAGCUUGAUCUACAGAGUGAGUUCUAGGAUAGCCUGGUCUACAAGAGCUAGUUCUAGGAAAGGUUUCAAAGCUAUAGAAAAGCCCUGUCUCAAAAAAAUAGAACAACAAAAAAAAAAGGCGAAGAAGAUUUUGAUAUUAUAUAAUAUACAUGUUUUAAAUCCUGUCUAUCAUAUAUAACUAUAUAUAAGUCUAAAGAACUUCAGUCAUAAAAAUGGGCAUAAAAAUGAUCAUAGCAAAGCAAAGUAUACACUUAUUUUUACUGUGUGUUUUUCAGGGAAGUUUGGUGAAUAACAAUCCAUGUAAAUUAUCUUUGCACAGUCAAUGGAUCAAAAUGUUUUUUCUAUUAAACUCUUAUGACAGUUUUCUAAUAAACUCUUUAACACAGAAAUUUAUUUUUCAAAUUGUUUUCUGUCAAUCAUUUAAAAAUAUAUUGUGGACUUUGAUAAUCUUUAACAUGUUCAUUGAAAUAAUCCUUUGUCUUAACUAUUUACUAAUAUAUGCCAAUGCUCAUAUUUGCAAAUAUAUAUUUUUAGAGUCUUGGUUUCCUUUGGGUGACUAACAUUGACUUUAAUUAUUACUUUAUUACUGAACCGUGAAAGUAAUUUCCUAGGAAUUUGGCUGAUUUGCCUAUCACUAAAUGAGAAGGUCAUUUUGCUGCUAAGCAGUAACGCACCAAAUAUACUCAUGCAUCUGGUGAAUAGAGCGUGCAUA